CUUCCAGUUCUCAGACAAAGAGUUUGAGUCACUAGAAUGCUUCGAUAGCAGGGAGGGGAAAAGCAAGUUCAAUCUCAAAGGAGGUGAGAAAUUUGCAUUAUCAAGGCUGAUGGAGUACCUUUGGGAUAAGGAUAUAAUCUCUAGGCACCAUUACUCCAAGACCUCCUUCUUCAUGAACGGUGAUUGCUCACCAAAGCUCACAGCAUGGACUGCUAUUGGAGCCAUUUCUCCUAGAAGGGUUUUCCUAGAGAUCCUCAAAUAUGAGAAUAAAAAUGGAAGUUCAGAGCAAACUGAGUGAGUUAAACGAGAAAUGUUAUGGAAGGACUAUUUUGUUUUUUGGGCGCUAAAGCAUCACAAAGUAUAUUUCGAUGCAGAGUAUGGUAUCUACAACCGCUCACAUUAUGAAUGGCAGACAGAUCCCGAGAUCAUCAAACGUGUCAAGGAGGGCAAAACCGGAAUGCCCAUCAUAGAUGCCCUUGUUCGGGACUUUAAUGAAUCAGGCAAUAUGUCUUAUAAAGCCAAAAUGAUUUUUGCAAUUACUUUUCAGGUGACCUCAGACAAGAUUGGAGGAAGGGAGCCGAAUUUUUUGAGGCGAGGAUGAUUGACUAUGAACCAUGUGAGAUUAUUGGAAAGUGACAUCAAGGUGCAGGUAUUGGUCCAGGCAGGAUCGUUAAAUCAUGACCCCAAAGGUGAGUAUAUCAAGGCAUUUGUGGAGGAACUUAGGUAUGUCCCCGAGGAAUAUGUGCAUGAUCCUUGGAGAAUGCCCAUUUAUCUCCAAAAAGAAUCAUCUUGUGUACUAGGAAAGGAUUAUCCAAAACCAAUUCCAUGAUUAAGGUACACAAAGGAGACCAAAGGUAGUAAUGUUGACCGCACCAAGACAUCUAAGAAGGGAAGUAAAAUAUUGUUCGACAACACCCAAAGCUCUCUUCUUACCUUCAUCCAGGUGACAAAAGAGAAAGAGAAAUAUAUGCAACAGAAGGAACUGGAGAAAGCCAAAAGCUCUAAACCACUCAGAGAUAUCACUGAGGUUGAUAAGGAAAACAUUGAAAAAUCUAGUUAAUUAUUUAUAAAAUUGCUGGUUUUGCUCAAAUUUACACAUUC